AUGCUGGCCACCGCCGCGGGGGGGAUCCAUCCCGCGGUGGCCAGACUCGCCGCGCACUACGCCGACGGCACCAUCACCGGCGGGAGGGCGCGAUGCGUCGCGCUGCUGCACACCCUCAAGCUGGUCAUCGCCGAUUUCAAGACGCCCAAAAACACGAAAUACGCGCACGCGUUGACGUCGCUGGUCAACGGCGUGGUUCAGCACCUGCAGGCGGCGAGGCCGAUGGCGGUGAGCAUGGGCAACGCGGUCAAGUCGCUCAAGACGCACCUGGCGAGGAUGGCGGAGGACGCCAGUUUGGCCACCGAGGAGGAGGCGCGGGCUCGGACGCUGAAGCACCUGGAGUACUUUGAAAAGGAGAAGCUUCUCGCGGCGGGCGCGUUCAUCGCGGAGCACGGCGCCAACGAGAUUGUCGACGGCGACGUCGUCGUGACGCACGGGGCGUCGCACCACGUCCGGGAGAUUUUGCUCCGCGCCAAACGCGACGGCCGCGCCUUCGCGGUGACCGUCGUGGACUCGCGGCCGAACUUGGAGGGUCGGGACACCCUCCGCAAACUCCUCGGCGCCGGCGUGGACUGCACCUACGCCACCCUCGCGGGGCUGUCGUACGUGCUUCGCGAGGGGAAAGCCACGAAGGUGUUCUUGGGCGCCGCCGCCGUGCUCGCCAACGGCGCCGUGGUGUCGCGCGUGGGCACCGCCGCCGUCGCCGCCGUCGCCAACGCGCACGGCGUUCCCGUGUUGGUAGCCGCCGAGACGUGCAAGUUCCACGAGAGGGUACACCUCGACGCGGUGGCGUACAACGAGCUCGGUAACCCCGCGGCGAUCGCGUCCACGGUGACGUACCCGGCGGCGGACGGGCUCGAGGGCUGGGAGAAGGUUGAGCGGCUGAGCGUGCUGAACCUGACGUACGACGUCACCCCCGCGGCGUGCGUCACGAGCGUGGUGUGCGAGAGCGGGCUCGUCGCGCCCUCCGACGUGCCCUCCUUCCUUCGCUGA